UAGCAUUUGGAGUGGAACUGAACAUUUAUCUAUAUCAGAGGGAUUUUUGGUCUAAGACUUGGAGAUCUUACAGGACUCUGAAAAUGACUCUCCAAAGGUUGUUUGGGUACUUAGGGGUGAUCAUUUUCUUCUGCAAUGGUUGUCAAUCACAGGGCCUGGUUUGUGGUAAUGUAGCGGUAAAGGGGUCCAGAAUCAUUGGGGGUCAAGAUGCCCAGCCAGGAGCCUGGCCCUGGCAGGUAUAUUUCACUACAAAUGACUCUUCCUGUGGAGGGUCGCUGAUUAAUGAUCAAUGGGUGCUGACAGCUGCUCACUGCAUAAACAGAGAUGAUCUUUACCACACAGAUGUCCAUCUUGGCGUUUCACAGCUAGAUGUUUCUAGCCCAAAUAAAUUGACUCGAAAACUCUCUGAAAUCAUCUGCCAUCCUGAUUACCACAGUUAUACAUCUGAAAACGACAUCUGUCUCUUGAAGCUUUCGGCUCCUAUUAACUUUACUAACUACAUACAGCCAGUCUGCCUAGCUUCUGAAAACAGCACUUUCCAUGAUGGGGUUACUAGCUUGGUAACAGGUUUUGGUGUCACUGAUUCUGGCCAAACUUCUACUCUGCAGGAAGUAGAGGUACCGAUAGUGGGAAACAACAGAUGCACAUGCUACUACCAGGACCUAUUCAAUAUAUAUCUUCUACUCUUUGAAGACCUGGACACAAAUAAUUACUUGUGUGCUGGACUUCAACAAGGUGGAAAGGACUCUUGUCAGGGAGAUUCGGGGGGACCACUGGUAGUACAGAACCAAAAUAGUUCUAUGUGGGUCCAGGCUGGAGUUGUGAGCUUUGGUGAAGGCUGUGCUAAACCAAUGAAACCUGGGAUCUACACUCGAGUGUCCAAGUACCAGAGAUGGAUCAGUGACACUGUCACAGGCAUGGAACCAGGCUUUGUUACUUUUACCUCCCCUGGAAUCGACAGCGACUCUGGCUUUCACUGUGCUGCCACCCCCCCUGCUACUCCUAUCAGCACGACCACUGAUGUCAGUAUUUUUGACAGUGGUGAAACCUUGAGCCACCUCACUUACUUCAUGGCUCUUAUUUGCUCUGUUACCUCAAGUUUUUGUUGGUAGUGUUCAAAGAAAAGAUUUCACUUAAUACACGACACAUAAUACUGUUAUUGAUAUGGGUGGUUCACUUUUAAUUGAUUGUACUGCAGUUCUAAGACAUACUAAUGUACAUGUUACUUUAUUGAAGAACACUUGUCAUGAAAUAAAAAAAAACAUGGUAAUCACAUUGUGUAAGGUUAAAAAUAAAAUAUUUCUUUUUUAAACUGGAGUACCAGAGAAAAGGAAAGUUUAUAAUGUUAUCAUAAAAAAGCAGUAUUAUUAUAUUGCAAAGUAACUUGUUGACUGAUCUUCGAACAAGUAAUUAUGACAUAUGCCAAAUUAUUAAUACAUUUUUCAAGAAAUUUUAUUAAUUUUAUUAGUCAUCCAACAAACUUAAAAUAUUUUCCUGUAACAGUCCUGCUCUCUGAACACUGAAACCCUUUUUUUGCUGAAUGUCCUUUUUUCUGUAAUGAUUAAAUACAUUGUUCAAUAAAGAUAUCAUAUGAUUAUUUGUAUAUUAAAUGACCAUCUAUAGAUAUUUAUUAUCAGAAAACAUAACAUUUCAUACAAAUACAGUGGGUACUGGUUGGAAAUGGACGGUUUCCUGCGUGAUUCCUGCGUGAAUCACGAUGUAUUUCCUGAGGCCAGUUUUUUUUAUUUCAAAAAGAACUGCAAUGUACCCGGACAACCACCAGGUGGCGCUUGGGAGCUCUGCCGUGCUAAAGGUGACGUUUGUGGGCCUGCAGUCAACUGAAAAGCAGGUUUAUUGGGGAUCUUAGUGUGAUAUUGUGCUAUUUUAUGAUGUUUUUGAUUAAAAUAAAGUUA